AUGCAACAUGAACCGUUCAUUCAACAGGCGGGAAAAGAUGAGAUAGAUGUGGAAGAGCAUGAGUUACCAGAACAGAUAAAGGAAUACAUACAGGUGAAUAACCUUACUUAUGCAGUGUUUGUGGUAAGAGUUAUCUGUAAAUCUAGUACUUUGAAGAGACAUAAAAUAAUACAUACUGGUGAUAAACCAUACUCGUGCAAUGUUUGCGGUAAGAGUUUCAAACAAGCUUCUAGUUUGAAAACACAUAAAGGAAUACAUACAGGUGAUAAACCUUACUUAUGCAGUGUUUUCGGUAAGAGUUUCUGUGAAUCUGGUACUUUAAAGAGACAUAAAUUAAUACAUACUGGUGAUAAACCAUACUCAUGCAAUGAUUGCGGUAAGAGUUUCAAACAAGCUUUUACUUUGAAAACACAUAAAGGAAUACUUACAGAUGAUAAACCUUACUUAUGCUGUGUUUGUGGUCAGAGUUUCUGUGAAUCUGGUACUUUGAAGAGACAUAAAAUAAUACUUACUGGUGAUAAGCCAUUCUCAUGCAAUGUUUGCGGUAAGAGUUUCAAACAAUCUUCUACUUUGAAAACACAUAAAGGAAUACAUACAGGUGAUAAACCAUACUCAUGCAAUGUUUGUGAUAAGAGUUUCAAACUUUGUAGUACCUUCAAGAUACAUAAAAGACUACAUACGUGUGUUAAACCUUACGUAUGCAAUGUUUGUGGUAAGAUUUUCAAACAUUCUGGUACCUUCAAGAUACAUAAUAGACUACAUACUGGUGAUAAACCUUACGUAUUCAAUGUUUUUGGUAAGAGUUUAAAACAAGAUUUUACUUUGAAAACACAUAAAGGAAUACAUGCAGGUGAUAAACCUUACUUAUGCAGUGUUUGUGGUAAGAGUUUCUGUAAAUCUAGUACUUUGAAGAAACAUAAAAUAAUACUUACUGGUGAUAAACCAUACUCAUGCAAAGUUUGCGGUAAGAGUUUCAAACAAGCUUCUACUUUGAAAACACAUACAGGAAUACAUACAGGGGAUAACCCAUACUCAUGCAAUGUUUGUGGUAAGAGUUUCAAACUUCAGGUACCUUCAAGAUACAUUAAAGACUACAUACUGAUGUAAAACCUUACGUAUGCAAUGUUUGUGGUAAGAGUUUCAAACAAGCUUUUACUUUGAAAACACAUCUGGUGAUAAACCUUACUUAUGCAGUGUUUGUGUUAAGAGGUUCUGUAAGUCUAGUACUUUGCAGAGACAUAAAAUAAUAGAUAGUGGUGAUAAACCAUACUCAUGCAAUGUUUGUGGUAGGAGUUUCAAACAUACUGGUACCUUUUAGAUUCAUAAAAGACUACAUACUGGUGAUAAACCUUACGUAUGCAAUGUUUGUGGUAAGAGAUUAAAACAAGCUUUUACUUUGAAAACACAUAAAGGAAUACUUACAGAUGUCAAACCUUACUUAUGCUGUGUUUGUGGUCAGAGUUUCUGUGAAUCUGGUACUUUGAAGAGACAUAAAAGAAUACAUACCGGUGAUAAACCUUACUUUUGCAAUGCUUGCGGUAAGUGUUUCAAUGAAGCUUCUACUUUGAAGAGACAAGAAGGAAUACAUACGGGUGAUAAAUCUUACUCUUGUGAUGUUUGUCGUUAUAGUUUCAAACGAUCUGAUAAUUUGAAGAACCAUACAGUAAAACAUACCAGUGACAAACCAUACUCAUGCAAUGUUUGUGGUCAGAGUUUCAAACAUUUUGGUACCUUCAAGAUACAUAAAGACUACAGACAGGUGAUAAACCUUACUUAUACAAUGUUUGUGGUAAGAGUUUAAACCAAGCUUUUACUUUGAAAACACAUAAAGGAAUACAUGCAGGUGAAUAACCUUACUUAUGCAGUGUUUGUGGUAAGAGUUUUCUGUAAAUCUAGUACUUUGAAGAGACAUAAAUUAAUACAUACUGGUGAUAAACCAUACUCAUGCAAUGUUUGCGGUAAGAGUUUCAAACAAGCUUCUACUUUGAAAACACAUAAAGGAAUACAUACAGGUGAUAAACCUUACUUAUGCUGUGUUUGUGGUCAGAGUUUCUGUGAAUCUGGUACUUUGAAGAGACAUAAAAGAAUACAUACCGGUGAUAAACCUUACUUUUGCAAUGUUUGCGGUAAGAGUUUCAAAGAAGCUUCUACUUUGAAGAGACAAGAAGGAAUACAUACGGGUGAUAAAUCUUACUAUUGUGAUGUUUGUGGUGAGAGUUUAAAGCGAUCUGAUAAUUUGAAGAACCAUUAAAUAAAACAUACUAGUGACAAACCAUACUCAUGCAAUGUUUGUGGUCAGAGUUUCAAACAUUUUGGUACCUUCAAGAUACAUAAAGACUACAGGCAGGUGAUAAACCUUACUUAUGCAAUGUUUGUGGUAAGAGUUUAAAACAAGCUUUUACUUUGAAAACAGAUAAAGGAAUACAUACAGAUGAUAAACCUUACUUAUGCUGUGUUUGUGGUCAGAGUUUCUGUGAAUCUGGUACUUUGAAGAGACAUAAAAUAAUACGUACUGGUGAUAAGCCAUUCUCAUGCAAUGUUAGCGGUAAGAGUUUCAAACAAUCUUCUACUUUGAAAACACAUAAAGGAAUACAUACAGGUGAUAAACCUUACUUAUGCAGUGUUUUCGGUAAGAGUUUCUGUGAAUCUGGUACUUUAAAGAGACAUAAAUUAAUACAUACUGGUGAUAAACCAUACUCAUGCAAUGAUUGCGGUAAGAGUUUCAAACAAGCUUUUACUUUGAAAACACAUAAAGGAAUACUUACAGAUGAUAAACCUUACUUAUGCUGUGUUUGUGGUCAGAGUUUCUGUGAAUCUGGUACUUUGAAGAGACAUAAAAUAAUACGUACUGGUGAUAAGCCAUUCUCAUGCAAUGUUAGCGGUAAGAGUUUCAAACAAUCUUCUACUUUGAAAACACAUAAAGGAAUACAUACAGGUGAUAAACCAUACUCAUGCAAUGUUUGUGAUAAGAGUUUCAAACUUUGUAGUACCUUCAAGAUACAUAAAAGACUACAUACUGGUGUUAAACCUUACGUAUGCAAUGUUUGUGGUAAGAUUUUCAAACAUUCUGGUACCUUCAAGAUACAUAAUAGACUACAUACUGGUGAUAAACCUUACGUAUUCAAUGUUUUUGGUAAGAGUUUAAAACAAGAUUUUACUUUGAAAACACAUAAACGAAUACAUGCAGGUGAUAAACCUUACUUAUGCAGUGUUUGUGGUAAGAGUUUCUGUAAAUCUAGUACUUUGAAGAAACAUAAAAUAAUACUUACUGGUGAUAAACCAUACUCAUGCAAAGUUUGCGGUAAGAGUUUCAAACAAGCUUCUACUUUGAAAACACAUACAGGAAUACAUACAGGGGAUAACCCAUACUCAUGCAAUGUUCGUGGUAAGAGUUUCAAACUUCAGGUACCUUCAAGAUACAUUAAAGACUACAUACUGAUGUAAAACCUUACGUAUGCAAUGUUUGUGGUAAGAGUUUCAAACAAGUUUUUACUUUGAAAACACAUAAAGGAACACAUCUGGUGAUAAACCUUACUUAUGCAGUGUUUGUGUUAAGAGGUUCUGUAAGUCUAGUACUUUGCAGAGACAUAAAAUAAUAGAUAGUGGUGAUAAACCAUACUCAUGCAAUGUUGGUGGUAGGAGUUUCAAACAUACUGGUACCUUUUAGAUUCAUAAAAGACUACAUACUGGUGAUAAACCUUACGUAUGCAAUGUUUGUGGUAAGAGAUUAAAACAAGCUUUUACUUUGAAAACACAUAAAGGAAUACAUACAGGUGAUAAACCUUACUUAUGCUGUGUUUGUGGUCAGAGUUUCUGUGAAUCUUGUACUUUGAAGAGACAUAAAAGAAUACAUACCGGUGAUAAACCUUACUUUUGCAUUGUUUGCGGUAAGAGUUUCAAAGAUGGUUCUACUUUGAAGAGACAAGAAGGAAUACAUACGGGUGAUAAAUCUUACUCUUGUGAUGUUUGUGGUGAGAGUUUCAAACUAUCUGAUAAUUUGAAGAACCAUUAAAUAAAACAUACCAGUGACAAACCAUACUCAUGCAAUGUUUGUGGUAAGAGUUUCAAACAUUCUGGUACCUUCAAGAUACAUGAAAGACUACAUACUGGUGUUAAACCUUACGUAUGCAAUGUUUGUGGUAAGAGUUUCAAACAUUCUGGUACCUUCAAGAUACAUAAUAGACUAUAUACUGGUGAUAAACCUUACGUAUGCAAUGUUUGUGGUAAGAGUUUAGACCAAGCUUUUACUUUGAAAACACAUAAAGGAAUACAUGCAGAUUAUCACCUGAUAAACCUUACUUAUGCAGUGUUUGUGGUAAGAGUUUCUGUAAAUCUAGUACUUUGAAGAGACAUAAAAUUAUACAUACUGGUGAUAAAACUUACUUAUGCUAUGUUUGUGGUAAGAGUUUCAGUCAUUCAGGGAUUUGCGUUAUCUACAUGGAUCUAUAUUUGUGGUAAAAACAUUACAAGGUAAAAAUUUAUAGAUACAAACAAAAUUAACGAAAACAGUGCAAAAAAUAAAUCAAUUUCUCCUUUCGUUAAAAUUAGCAUCGCAAGCGCGGAUACACCGCACAAGCAGCUCAUUACACAGCUUUGUAGUAGGUACGUGGAAGAACAUUUGUUGCAGGGAAACGAUGUUCAAAACCUUUCUGAUUUUUUGGGGUGAAGAAAUUUAAUUUUUUUACAAGUGCACAACACCUUAGCUUAGAAAAUAUAUUUGUUCAUAUAUUAUUUGUUUUAAAUCAAUUGUGCUUCUAUGAGAAUUAAACUCAAUGUAGUAGUUCAAAUAUUAAUUGAAUAUCUUAUAAGCUACAUUAAUAUCAGAUUUGAGUAUUGUAUUAUCUAUUGGUAGAGAUAAGUCAUUGUUUCUGGUUUGAUAUUGUUUGAUAUUUUAUUAUAAUAUGUUGAUGGACUUUGCAGUUAAGCAUACCUAUUUUUACACAUAUUCAUUAAAAUCUACACUAUUUCAUUCACAUUUCUUCAAACAAUACAAUAUGUUCAGGUAUCCCUACUAUUAUAUAUUCCUACUGUGACACAAUUAUAAAACAUGAACAUGUUAUUUUCUUUGUAGGUUUUAGUCUUUGUAGGUUUUAGUUUUAAAUGCAUAUUUAUGGAACUGCGGUGUGGAAUUAAUAACCGACUUCAAAUAGAGGAGGAUCUCAAUUCCGUUAUUUUUUAUGUUUGUUACCUCAUAACUUUCGACUGGAGAACCCCAUGUGUGGUCACAUUGCAAUUUGGUCCAGAUCUGACAAUGGCAUCCAGGAGAAAACCAUAAAAACCUUACUUAACUUUGCAUUAUGUUCGCGACAAAUUGUAUAACUCAAUAUUACGCCAAUUUCAAGGGUAGUUUGAUGAGAGUUUUGUUGUGAUUAUGGGAUCCAUGACAAAGUAACGGAACUCUUCAAUUCUUAGAAGCAAAUUAACUUAUCAAUAAAUUAAUUAUCUUUUAUAUUCUAUUUGUGAGCAUUUUACACGGUUGAUUGUUGUGGCUUAUAUAAGCUAGAGUGCUAAGUUCGAGUAUUCAUUAGGUAGUUGUGACUUUUGUAUUGUAAUAGUGAUAAUAUUAAUUGUAAGUGGAAAAUGUCAAGUAAUAAAAGUCCAAUUACAGAUAUUACCAUUUUA